AUGCGUGCCGCCAUCCGGGUCCAACAGAUCAAAAGCGAGCAAGUCACCAUCCGUGUCGGAUCAGAUUCGAAGCAGCGCGGGUUCGCCAUGCCGAAAGACCUUCUCUGUGCUCGAGCGGAGUGGUUCAAGAACGCGCUGAAGGAGGACCGCUUCAUUGAGGGCUCCACUGGCGUAAUCGAGCUACCCGACGACCUACCCGAAGUCUUCGAGGCCUUCGAGUUCUUCCUCUACCAGAGCCAACUGUGGUUCGAGUCUCCUGACAAACUCACAGAGGAAGAACUUCAGGAGGAGCUAAUCCUCAAUGCACGCAUCUGGACCUUCGGCGACAAAUACCUCCUGCCACAGCUUCAGGACAUCGCGAUGUCUAGGAUGUGCGCAGUAUUGGAUCAAGGCGACGCACUGAACUGCUCCGCACACACUCUGGCACAAUGCUACAACGCCGUCAGAGCUGACUCGCCCGUCCGCCUGAUCAUCAUCGACAAUCUGGUCGACCGCCUGCAGCACGGAGAAGACAUCAGCAUGGCCGAAGAACUCGCAGCGUGUCCUGGCAUAUUCGCGGCUAGCAUGCAUCUGAACAAGAACUUCACAAGCUCCCAGCGGACGACUUUCCAAGAUAUCGCAAGCCCAGGAAGUUCGACGUCUUGCGAGCAAGACCUGCGGCCGAUGAGUCUAAACGUGUUACUGAUAAAUAUCAGUCAUACUGGGACGACCUGGCAUAUGAUUGUGGAGAGUGCGGGUACGCGAAGGAGGAGCCAAGCUUUCAAUGCAAGCACUGUAAGGUCGAGCCGGUGUGCUAUCCUUGCGGCACCAGCGACUGGCAGUCCAUCUGUGGGGCCUGCAGCGACUGAGCUCAUCGUGAGCCGGAAGAGGCAAGGUAACUCGGUCGGAGAGUUGAUCAUUUUGGCUUGA